AUGCAGACGGUUUGCACGGCAGGGACUCCGGCGAAUGAAUGGAUUUUUUUCAGUGUCAUUUUCAUAAGGAUAGUUACUGGGCUUGCUGGAGAGGGAAGAUCCGUGUGGAAAAAGGACCCCCACUUCAGUCCCGUGAGUGAAACACAGAUGUUUUUGUAUGACACAUUCCCCAAAGAGUUUCUUUGGGGUGUAGGGACGGGGGCUUUCCAGGUGGAAGGCAGCCGGAGGAAGGACGGCAAAGGCUCCUCUGUCUGGGACAGCUUCAUCCACUCGGAGUUCAGGGAUGCUGACAGCACAGAUGCCUCCACUGACAGUUACACCUUGUUGGACAAAGAUUUGUCGGCUCUGGAUUUUCUGGGAGUUACUUUUUACCAGUUUUCAAUUUCAUGGUCAAGGCUUUUUCCCACUGGAGUGGUAGCAGCUCCCAAUGAAAAAGGACUCCAGUAUUAUAACACCCUUAUUGACGCUCUGCUCUACAGAAAUAUUGACCCCGUGGUUACGCUCUACCACUGGGACCUGCCCUUGAUGCUGCAAGAAAAAUAUGGGGGAUGGAAAAACGAAUCAGUAAUUGAUAUCUUCAAUGACUAUGCCACCUUUUGCUUCCAGAUGUUUGGGGAUCGUGUUAGGUAUUGGAUUACAAUCCACAAUCCGUAUUUAGUUGCUUGGCAUGGGUAUGGCACAGGUAUUCAUGCUCCCGGAGAGAGAGGGAAAAUAACAACCGUCUACUCUGUAGGACACAAUUUGAUCAAGGCUCAUGCAAAAGUUUGGCACAACUAUAAAAAACGCUUUCAACCACAUCAGAAGGGGAUGAUGUCUAUCGUAUUGGGAUCCCACUGGAUUGAACCUAACAAAUCAGAAGAUGCUUUGGACAUUUCUAAAUGUCAGCAGUCUAUGGAGAGAGUUCUCGGAUGGUUUGCUAAACCCAUCCAUGGGGACGGCGAUUAUCCAGAGGAACUGAAAAAUGAAUUCUCGUUUUUGCCACGCUUUACUGAGGAUGAGAAAAGCUACAUAAAGGGAACAGCUGACUUCUUUGCAUUUUCCUUUGGUCCUAAUAACUUUAAACCUCCGAACACUCUACCAAAAAUGGGACAAAACUUGUCACUCAAUUUGAGGGGAGUACUGAACUGGAUUAAACUGGAGUACAACAGUCCUCGAAUCUGGAUUGCAGAGAACGGCUGGUUCACUGACAGCCAUGUGAAAACAGAUGACACCACAGCCAUCUACAUGAUGAAAAACUUCAUUAAUAAGGUUUUACAAGCUGUGAAGUAUGACAACACAGAUGUGUUCGGGUACACAGCCUGGUCGCUCCUUGACGGCUUUGAAUGGCAACACGCUUACAACAUCAGGCGCGGAUUGUUUUAUAUAGACUUCAAAAGUGAAAAAAAGGAAAGGAUUCCCAAGUCAUCUGCACGGUACUAUAAACAAAUCAUACGAGAAAACGGCUUCUUCCCAAGGGAGUCCACCCCAAGCCUGCAAGCUCAGUUCUCCUGUGACUUCUCCUGGGGUAUCACCGAGUCUGUGCUCAAGGCAGAAUCCGUGGCUUCCUCACCACAGUUCUGUGAUUCCAGCCUGUACCUCUGGAACGUCACAGGAGAUGGGCUGCUGCACAGAGUUAAAGGGGUGAAGCUAAAAACCCGGCCAGCACAGUGCACAGAUUUUGUCAGUAUUAAAAAGCAGCUUGACCUCCUGGAAAAAAUGAAAGUCACCCAUUACAGAUUCGCACUUGACUGGUCACUAAUUUUACCCAAUGGAGAUUUGUCCGUGGUCAACAGGCAAGUCCUCAGGUAUUACAGAUGUGUGAUUAGUGAGGUACUGAAGCUCAAUGUUCAGUCCAUGGUCACCUUGUAUCAUCCAACUCAUUCCUACCUGGGCCUGCCGGGUCGUUUGCUGCAGACAGGAGGUUGGUUGAACCAGUCCACUGCCCACGCCUUUCAAGAGUACGCAGCUUUAUGUUUUCAGGAACUCGGCGAUUUGGUUAAACUCUGGAUUACAAUAAAUGAGCCUAACCGGCUAAGCGAUGUCUAUAACAGGAGCAGCAAUGAUACAUAUCGAGCAGCACACAAUUUAUUAAUAGCACAUGCCAUGGCCUGGAAAAUAUAUGAUGAGCAGUACCGGUCCUUUCAGUACGGCCAAGUGUCCCUGUCCCUGCAUUCGGACUGGGCUGAGCCUGCCAACCCCUACUCUGAAUCUCACUCAAGAGCUGCCAACAGGUUUCUCCAGUUUGAAAUAGGCUGGUUUGCCGAUCCCAUAUUUAAGACUGGUGACUAUCCAGCUGCUAUGAGGGAAUACAUCGGCUUCAAAAACAGAAAAGGCCUCUCGUACUCUUCGCUGCCGUCUUUCACAAGCGAGGAAAAGCAGCUUGUCAAAGGUGCGGCUGACUUCUACGCGCUGAAUCAUUUCACCACCAGAUUUGUGAUUCACGAGCCUCAGAAUGGGAGCCAGUAUGAACUGGAUCGUGACAUCCAAUUUCUGCAGGAUAUCACCCGCCUGAGCUCCCCUUCCCGUUUGGCAGUGGUGCCUUGGGGAGUGCGCAAAAUUCUCAGUUGGAUCAAAAAUACCUACGGCGACAUCGAUAUCUACAUCACAGCAAACGGAAUAGACGACCAGUCCUUAGACAACGAUGAACUUCGAAAUUAUUACAUAGGCAAAUACGUACAAGAGGUUUUAAAAGCAUACUACAUUGAUAAAGUCAAGAUCAGAGGCUACUACGCAUUUAAGCUGACCGAAGAAAAAGCUAAGCCCAGAUUUGGGUUCUUCACUUCGGAGUCAAAAGGAAAGCCUUCAGUCAAAUUUUACAAUAACCUGAUAAGCAACAACGGCUUCCCUGCUGCCUACUCAGUCUGCGAUCCCUCCAGCCAAGCUAAGCAGUGUAGUGUCUGCUUGUUUAUUUCUCAGAAGAAGCCGUUAAUAUUCUUUGCCUGCUGCCUUUUCUCUACCCUGAUUUUGCUUUUAACCAUUAUUGUUUUCCACAAAAGGAAAAGAAGAAAACGCUUUAAGGCAAAAAGCAUCCAGCACAUCCCUCUGGAGAGGGGGAGAGGAGCUGCUCUAGAAUUGGAAAGGAAGGCAGAGGCAUCCACUGAAUCCCUACUGCCUUCCCCUGCUUUGCAACCUUCUUUUCCUGUGGUUACGGUAACGGUUCAUUUCCAAGACAGCGUGAAAUCCCCAACUUAUUACCCUUAG